AUGCAUCAGGGCAACUCUUCGUACCUGUCGCCCACUGCCGAGGAUGAGCUGCACGAUUUGAUCUGCGUCGGCUUCGGCCCGGCUUCGCUCGCAAUUGCUGUUGCGAUGAACGAUUCCAUUGAGGCGACGGGUACCAUUGGGGAGCUUAACAGGGCUCCCAAGGUCGCCUUCAUUGAGAAGCAGACGUCGUUUGCCUGGCACGCGGGUAUGCUUUUGGAGGGCGCGCGCAUGCAGAUCAACUUCCUCAAGGAUAUGGCCACUCUGCGCAACCCCAGGAGCUACUUCACGUUCCUGAACUACCUCAGCAGGCAGGACAGGCUGAUUGAGUUCACGAACCUGAACACGUUCCUUCCUGCUCGUGCUGAGUACGAGGACUACAUGAAGUGGGUUGCCAGCCACUUUGAGGAGGUGACUGCCUACGGCCAGGAAGUCGUCCAGGUCGUCCCCGAAAAGACGACCGUCGACAGCAAGGCCAUUGACUCUUUCGUGGUCAAGUCCAGGAAUGUUGUUACUGGCGAGACCACUUCCCGCAGGGCCAGGCACGUAGUCAUUGCCACUGGUGGCCGCCCCAAGAUCCCUGAGCCUUUCCCCGUGGACAGCUCUCGUGUCAUCCACUCUUCGCAGUACCAGCUCACCAUCAAGGACAAGCUGCCUGAGCGUGAAGCCCCCUAUAACAUUGCUGUCAUCGGUGCUGGUCAAAGCGCUGCCGAGAUUUUCGAGAACCUCCAGCACAAGUUCCCCAACGCCAGGACGAACCUCCUCAUAAGGGGUCAGCACCUGAGGCCCAGCGAUGACUCUCCCUUUGUCAACGAGAUCUUCAACCCCUCCAAGGUUGACGACAUGUUCAGCCGUGAUCCCGAGCUGCGCACCAAGACGAUCCUCGACGACAAGGUCACCAACUACGGUGUCGUUCGUCUCGAGCUGCUGGAGCGCCUGUACGAGACGAUGUACCUCCAGAAGAUGAACUACACGUCGGAGGAGGAGUGGCCGCACCGGAUCCUCAACUUCCGCAACAUCAUGGCGGUCGAGAGCUCUCCGGUCAUCAAGAACGGUCUGAGGCUUCACAUUCAGAACCGCAGCGGCGAGUACAGCUGCCACAAGUCGGCGCCCGAGGAGUUCAUGGAUGUCGACCUCGUCGUCGUUGCCGCUGGCUACCAGCGCAACGCGCACGAGGAGAUCCUGCAAGGCAGCAGGUGGCUUAUGCCCGGCGGCGGUGCCGAGGGCAGCAAGUGGGAGGUGGGCCGUAACUACGGCGUUGUUUUCGAGGAGGGCAAGGUCAGCCCCCAGGCGGGCGUCUGGCUUCAAGGUUGUAAUGAGAUGACGCAUGGUUUGAGUGAUACCCUACUAUCCAUCCUGGCGGUUAGAGGCCCAGAGAUGGUCAACUCGAUUUUCGGAGUCAAGGAUGACGGUGCGAUGGCGGCCCCGACUGCGUCCUACGCCACCGAGAGCACCGCUUAG